CUUCUUCGAGCAAUCGCACGACGCGAUUAAGGGGAAAAAAAUAGAAUAAUCUCUUCAAAUAAUUACAAGAUAUCAUACAAUUCGUUUUCUCGCUUUCACGGCAUUCAUUCUCAAAGUUGUUUUUCACGGCGCGUGUUCUUCGAUCGAUCACGACUGCAUUUGCGAACGAUUGCAUUCCUGUGCAUCGUAGCUGUUGAGGCGUAUAUACAUACGUCGUACCGUUCCGUUUACGUGAGGGUUACGGCAGGUACGGCAGCGUGCGAGACGCGGUGUUGGAAACGAGCACUCGUAAAUGGUGAUGAGAUGCUAGAUCGUCAGUAACUUACUUGUUACUUAGGGUAAACGCACCAUGGCCGACUCGUCCUACGAGAAAGGUUUGACCGAGCUGUCGAAGAUGAAGGUGGCUGACUUAAGAGCUGAAUUGAAACAACGAGGACUACCUGCUACAGGAAAUAAAAACGAAUUAGUAGAAAGACUUCAGCUAGCAAUUCAUGGAGAUGCUGCAUUGUCCUUGGAUGAAACUGCGGAAGAGAUUUUAGAUGAAGAUGAAGUUCUUGGCGUUAGUGAUGAAGAAAUUGAAGAGUUAUCCAGUAAGCCAGAUUCACAGGAGAUCCCUGAAAAGCGAAAAUUGUCUAUAGAAAGCAAUAACCUAAAUACCAAUGCAAAAAAGAUAGUGCUGAACCGCAAACCUGUAUUGGAGGAAAUAAAGAAUGAUCAAGUGGAGAAGAAAGAAAACAAAGGAGCCCAAUCAUCUGAAGACAUGCCGCCAGAGAAAAAGAUUAUCAAACUAUCGGAGCUCAGCACGAAAGAGAGAUUAGAGAUGAGGGCUAAGAAAUUUGGAGUACCAUUAUCAGAGUCAGCAAAGAAGGAGGCUAGAUUAGCUCGUUUUAACGUUAAUAACCAAAAUAACAAAUCGGCUGCAUCCAUAAAGACACCCGUGCCUACUACAUAUGAAGUACUGAAGAAACGUGCAGAAAGAUUUGGAAGCUCGGUGUCCACUUUGAUGGAGAAAGCUGAAUUGGCUGAACGUUUGGAAAAAAGAAAAGCUAGAUUCGGUGAAGUAAAGCCCACUGAGAAUAAAGUAUUUAAGAAUAAAAUUAAGAUUGUUAAAUGAUACUCGGUGUUAUAUACUAAAGUGACGAUCUAGAUUACAAACCUUAGUUUAAGUUUUCUUAUUUUCAAUAAAGCUAUUAUAUACAUAUGUAAUACAUAAGAAGAAUGACUUAUUGAGGUACUUGAAUGCACUUCAAUGUACUUCUUAAUACCAUUAUCACUUCAGUAUUAAAGCAUCCAUACUUC